UGUCGCCUCCAGGCUCCCACCCGGCUCCCGCAAAGGCUGCUGCGGUGGCCCCGCGCGCUGCGGCAGGUGCGCCCCGCAAUCGGCAUCGUGCGGGGGCCGGACCCCGCAGCCCUCCAUGGGGGAGACCAAGCCCUCCCGCCUGCCACCCGCGUCUGCCUGUAUUGUCUGGGUUUGAUAUUAAAUCAUGGGGAGGAAGCUGGAUCUGUCUGCUCUGACAGAUGAUGAAACCGAGCAUGUUCUGCAGGUGGUUCAGCGAGACUUUAAUCUUCGGAAAAAGGAGGAAGAGCGGCUAAGUGAGAUGAAGCAGAAGCUGGACGAGGAAGGCAGUAAGUGCAGCAUCUUGUCAAAGCACCAGAAGUUUGUGGAGCACUGCUGCAUGCGCUGCUGCUCACCCUUCACCUUCCUGGUCAACACCAAGCGUCGUUGUGGGGACUGUAAGUUCAACGUCUGCAAGAGCUGCUGCUCCUAUGAGAAGCAAGAGAAAGUGUGGAUCUGCUGUGUCUGCCAGCAAACAAAGCUCCUGAGAACUCAAUCUCUGGAAUGGUUCUACAAUAAUGUGAAGAGUCGCUUUAAGCGCUUUGGCAGUGCUAAGGUCCUGAAGAACUUGUACAGGAAGCAUCGGCUGGAGAGUGGAGCAUGUUUUGACAUUCUAGGAGGAACCUUCUUCGAUGCAAAUUUGGAGAAUGAAGGAAGUAUUUCUGGCAGUGAUUCAACAUUUUAUAGGCACUCAGAAGGACAUAGCAUGAUGGACACUUUGGCUGUUGCCCUACGGGUGGCUGAAGAGGCCAUAGAGGAGGCGAUUUCCAAGGCAGAAGCCUGUGGGGACAGCCUGGACAAGCAAAAUGAGGCCAGUUACCUGAGGGACCACAAGGAGGAGCUCACUGAGGAACUGGCCACAACAAUCCUGCAGAAGAUCAUAAGAAAACAAAAGAGCAAAAGUGAGCAGUCAACGAAUGAAGAGCCAGAGUGGUCAGAGGCCCCAAGCUGCAGUGCCCAGGUGGCAGAUGAGGGGACCACAGCACCCCCAGGAGGCCACCGCACAUCCACCUCCCUCUGGCGAUCCCAGUCUGCGUUCUCAUUUCCGAGAGAAGGGAUCCCAAAGGCUUGGUCUCCGGAGGGUGCGUGCCAGCCCCUGCAGGGGGAGCAGGCUGCAGGCAGCUGGAUGAGCACCGAUGGGCUGGAUAGCACAGGGCCCGCCGCAGUGUUGCAGAGUCCUGAUGGGAACUGGGUGGCCCUCCCGGGCGCUGCGACCCCCCCGAGCCGCCCGCUGGCCCAGCCCAAGAGUGCCGCGUUCCAGGCCCUGGAGGAAGCGGCCGGCGCGGCCUCCGCCUACGAGGAGAUGGGCUCGGACAGCGAGGAGGACUUUGACUGGAGCGAGGCCUUGAACACCAUGUGCCCACAGCCCUGGGGCCACCUCGGGAGCCCCGGGCUCUUGCCCACACAGGCCCCAGGCUCGGGCCGAGGCCUCCCCGCCGCCGCUGCCGCCUCUUCGGGGCUCUCCUCCGCCCAGGACGCCCUGUGCUCGGACUCGGGGGCCUCGUCCGCGGGCUCGGCCCGGGAUGCCCGGCGCCGGGCCAGGCUGCCCUGGCUCCAGAGGAAAGCCCCCCGGCACCCGGUGGCCGAGAGGGUGCGCCUCCAGGGCCGGCUGGACGUGAACUUCAACCCCCAGGCCGCCAGCAGGGAGACCUCGGACAGCAGUGAGCCCGAGGAGACGCCCCACGCCGCGGAGCGCAGGGCCCGGAGGUGGAGAAGGGCCCGAGGGGACUCGGAGGAGCUGAGCAAGGAGCUCAAGUCACACGAGAUUCAGCCUCCAAGCAUUGGGGGUGAAGAGGGCGAAGUCUCUAGGACACUUGAGAGGGAAGAUUCUAUGUGCAUCCUAGCAGGGGAAUGUGGGGAUGUGUGUUCAGUGUUCAAAAGAUUUCUCUCCUGCCCAUGCUGGUACCUAAGAGCCAAGGGCAGAGUCUCUGCUGCCUGUGCAUCAAGCAGGUCCCACAAUGGUCCCUUGGUGCGACUAGCAACCCAACUCUGUGCCCAGCGCCAGGGCUGCAACUUCCAGCAGAGGGAGCCCCCAGCAAAGGAGCUUCCCUUUGCUCUCUUCCGUCUGGGGCCUCCUUCUGAAGCUGCUGUUAGGACCCACGUGCCAGAUGAUUUAUCAGAGACAGACAUCAGCAACGAGACUCUGCGUCCUCACCCAGACACCACAGAAGAGCAACGGAGAAACAGGCUGUACGAGUUAGCAAUGAAAAUGAGUGAAAAGGAGACAUCUUCAGGGGAGGAGCAGGAGUCAGAGCUCCAGACAGAAUCUGAGACAAGGAAAGCAAGUCUGCCCACUGAAGACAACUGCCAGAGAGUCCAAGAGCAGCUGAAGAAGGGGAAAAAAGAAGCCUUAGCUGUACACUCUGAGCUCCAACUCUUAUCUACAGUGCUUAAACAGAAGUAUUCUGCUGUUUCUCUCUGCAACAUCUCCACAGAAGUCCUGAAAGUCAUCAACGCCACUGAGGAGUUGAUAGCAGAGUCUUCAGGGCCCUGGGAGUGUCCAGCUAUCCCUCCUGAGAAAGAGAAGGGAACAUUUCCUCUCGGGACUGACCAAGUGAGACUGGAUAAGCAGCUGACCUCCCUGGAAGAAAAUGUGUACCUGGCUGCCGGUACUGUGUAUGGUCUGGAAGGUCAGCUGAACGAGCUGGAGGAUGCUGCUCGUUGCAUCCAUAGUGGCACUGAUGAAACUGAACUGGCACAUCUGGAGGAUCAGGUGGCCACAGCAGCAGCGCAGGUCCACCAUGCUGAGCUCCAGAUUUCUGACAUUGAAAGCCGGAUAUCGGCCCUGACCAUCGCAGGAUUAAAUAUUGCACCAUGUGGACGCCUCACAAGAAGACGCGAUCAGAAGCAAAGAAACCAGGUACAAACCAUAGACACAUCACGGCAGCAAAGAAGAAAACUGCCUGCUCCCCCAGUGAAAGCUGAGGACAGCAAGGCCUCUUCUGUGACCACCAUUAAAACGUUCAACCGCAAUUUCAUCCUCCAAGGUUCCUCAACAAGCAGGGCUCAAGAAAGGAAAACCAACACUGCAGAUUUGCUGGAUUCCUCCCUGGAGUCAGCUGUGAUGUACUAGUGCCAUGGAACUCCACUGCCAGUGACCCACUGCCUCCGGCUGCACACGACAGUGCCUUGACCCAACAGCCAUUGAACAGUGCAUGGAUCUCCACCUACGGAGAGGGCCUGGGGAGACCAGGGUGCGACAGUGCACAGGGUUGUCCUGAUACUUCACCCAGAAAACCGUCCAGACUUCAGCAUUUUGGUCUCACCCACUCUCUGCCUCAGUCUCCUGAGGAAACCAAGACUGAAAAUGCAGGCGCUGCCUUCCCACCCCAGAGCUCCAUGUUUAAAGGAUGCAUUAUCCCAUUCCCUGUGCUAUCACAUAUGUGGAAAUACUUUUAUUCCUUUGAUUCAACUAGAAUCUACCUUUAACAUUUUGUCCAAAGGAAAACUGUUGGGUGGGGCCAUGGGGAAAAGAAGGAAGAUGGGUAUUGCCAUAUACUUCAUCCUCAGUUCUUAUUACCCUCUCAUAAGCAUCUUUGUUUCGAAGAUGGGAUGGGCUAGAAUUGAAUGCCAGGCUUAAAGUGAGUCCCCCACAACUGCCUACUUGGCAGGUAUGCUCAUCCAUCAGGGACACAAAUCUCUUUUCAGCUACCUUCUUCCUGUUAAGCGCCUUCCCACCAGUCUUCUUAAGCACCAUUGCUUUGCCAUCA